GCUGCUUUCCAGCGCAAAGCAAAGCAGAAAGCAGGGUCGCGACCACCCGCGCGCUCCCAGCGCACUUCUCCGCUAACAAGCUCAUCGUGCACAAAGAGCAUCCCCAAAAAUGAGAGCAGGAAGGCAUCUGUUUCUUCUUCAAGACAGUAAGAGUCAAAUUUAUGAAUGAUUUACGCCUGGGGUUGAGGGCUUGAUGCAAAUGAGCAUAAAGGAAGUUGUCAGCAGCACCAUGCUCUGGCCAAUGGUAGGAAAGCUCCAUCUUAGCUGUGCCAUAGGCUGCGUUAAAAAAAGGGACCAGAACAGCGCUCUUUCAGCAUCCUUUCAGACAAGAGGUAGCCCCCAUAUUCGUGACAGUGAGCACACCAAGACAACUCUUCAAGAAUGGCAACCCUCAACACCACGCACUGGAAUGAGACUACAUCAGUUUCCCAGUAUCUGGGCUUCCAAGUACAAAAAAUUUACCCUUUCCACGAUAACUGGAAUACUGCCUGCUUUGUUAUUCUGAUCAUAUUCAUCUUUACGGUAGUUUCUCUGGUGGUGUUGGCUUUUCUCUAUGAACUGCUAGACUGUUGCUGCUGUGUGAAAAAUAAAACUGUGAAAGACUUGGAGAAUGAACCCAAUCCUGUCAGAGCAAUGAUGAACAGCUUCAGAAAGCAUGAAACAGAGGUGGUGUAGCAAGGACUGAGCAUCAGCACUUGGAGAACGUUUAACACCUUGAAUGAAGCCUCUUGUACCUUACGAAUGAGCAAGUCACAUGCUUUUUUUUUCUUUUGGACUUAAAUAUAACAGCAACAGUUAUCAUUUUAUCUCUGGAUGUGAACUUGAAUAAUUGGCAAAGGCUUAGCAGAAUGAUGAUCUGUUGCAAUGUUACGGGGAAAGAAAAGAUUUUUGCUUUUAAAUUUACUUCUGUUGUUUACAUUGAGUUACUAGCAUAGAUCUCUGUCUACCUGAAAGAACAAGUGUUGCCUAACAUGCAUAAAACUAUGUUGCUUAACUGGAGAAAACGUUUAUAAAAAUGGUCAACAAUCUGAUCAUACAUAGUGCAAAGACACAGCAGCGUCCUCCCACUGAGGUCAACCAAAUAGAGACAGGAAAGACAUACAAGGGGUGAGAAAAAAAGGUACGAGACAGAAGGGUUGAAUGGCAAGAGAUCCCAUGAGGCUGGAGAGGCUUGUGUGAAUUCUUGCCUUCGGCAGCUCUUCUUAUCACAGGUUUCUCACUUUUUGAAGAGAGGGUGGUGGGAGGAAAUGUGAGCCAACACAAAACGUAUCUCCUAAAAUGGUCUUUCAUAACCUCCUGUGGUACAAUUUGACUCCUCCUCCAGUUCCAGAAAACUGCUUUCCCCUUACUUCAUAUUCAACCUGUUUAAUAACUUCUGGGUGUCGAGACGUGACUAAUGAACUACCUUAAAAAUAUCUGACUGUUUCCCCAAAAGCAUACUGUAGUGGUACUAUGGUCUAGAAGAAACAGGGACAUUUUUUUGCCCCAAGGCUGCUGCCUCUACGAUAAUCACAGCACUACAGGGAGUCAGACAUGCUGGCUAUAUCAUCCCUACCCUAACUUUCCAGAGCUGAACUGGAACUGACGGAGCUCUUGCCAAGCAACACAAGCAGACAGGUCGCAGACCUCCCACCCUGAUGACAGUAAUCUCGCCCAGCCUGCACGCAGCUUUCAGGUGUCGACAUGCUUCACAAAAGAGGCCACACCAGGAUAAGCCUUGCGUUAGUGACAACGGCAUGGAUGCGCAGAGAGCAGUGACUUCAUUUUGCACAAGAGAAACUCAGCUUGCUUCCUCAGCCUGCCGAUGCAUCCCAGAGAGUUCACACACACACCUUUCUCACAAACUGACUGCGUAAAACUCAGACCUCUAGCUCAACAGAUUAUUUUUCUUCUGUAGCUGUGUUGUGACUAUGGUUUUUAGAACCAUAAAAGUUUUGCAGUUACAAAUUACAACUGUAGUGACGGCAUCCAACAGCGUGGCCAUCAGUAAUGCUGGGUAAGGCUUUCAUAGUCCUUAACCCACAGAGAAGCAGGCCAGUGAAAAACGUCCCAGACCAAAGCUACACAUGGGGCAAGAUAUUUAACUAUGUAAAACCCAAAUAAUAUUCCUGUCAUUAAGGAAACAAAACCCACCUAAUGGCCAAACGGACGAGUAAGCUACAACACUGAUCUCGCAGUCUUUCUAUAUCAGAAAUAGCUUUGUGUUAUGGCCAGUACGUGUAAUUGCCUCUUUCUUUUUAAUACGUAAACUCUCUCCUCUAUCAGGUCCAGUAUGCCUAAGCUCCAAAAGAUCUGGACACAAUGAAAGACUUGCUAAUUUGAUUCAUGCUCUUCCUGGUUGGUGAGAUGGAGUCACAGGAUACCCAAGCCACUACUAACCAGCACAGCUAGUCCAACAAUUCAGCUGGAGAAACAAUCUCCCUUCAAUCACAAAAUGACACAACUACUGCUGCAACCAUUCAUCCCGGAUACACUUGUUAUGGUGAAGUUUUGCCAGUAGCAGUCCCAUGUGAAGAUGCUUCUGGCUGAAAAUCAAACUAUAAGCACAAUUAAUGGAAGCUGACACCCCAGGUACAAAACAACUUAGGAUUCACACCGAGACGUAAGGUGAACAUAGUGUUAGUGAUGGCAAUGCUUUCCACUGUCAGGGCCACUGGGUAGAUGCCUCACUACCUUCUGCUGUAUUUGACAGCGUUAGUCCUGAAAGACCAGUGUCCUGCCCCAGAAAGGCAAGAAUAGCCGCCGUGACUCACUGAAUUAACUAACAUGCCUCUUGCCCGAAAGCAAACACUCCAAAUGGCCGUAGGACUGCUGGCCACUUGCAGUGUUCCUACAAAAAGCUCAUCAUGGCUGCACACAAGAAGGCAGUGUGCAGGAAGUAACACGGCUAGCCUCCACCUUGCUGGCUUCAUGUCCUUAUGCCUUCCUGAGAAGCACACGCAACGAAAAAUCUUGGGAUUUCCUCCAGCUACUUAUUUCAUAGAUCUAGAAAGGGGGCUGGGUGUCUGCACAAGGAACAGAAGACACAGAUCUCCCCUUGGACAACCCUAGGGCCUCAGCACGACUCCUUCCCACAUGUAGACUAAGUCGUGAAACAGCUCCUGGAGAUUCAGCUCUUGAUUACUGUUGGCUAAGACCAUCAGGACUAAGCUCUUCAGAUAAAGACUAAGACCUUAGCCACAACUUACUAUUAACUAAUAAAAAGAAAUAAACAGAUA